AUGGACGCCGACAUGUUCCAGGACAUUGACUUCUCGCAGCCGCUCCACUUUGCACUCUCCCAACUGCAAGGACCGCCGGAUGAAGAGCAGCAGCAGCAGAAUUCCAUUCAGUACAUGAAGCCGGCCGACUUGAGCUCGAUGUGCGAUGAGGGUGACAACGAGGAAUUCCCGCCGGCAACCACCGAAGAGAUCAUCGACGACUUUGUGGAGAAGUUGGACAACUAUCCGAAACUGGUGAUGGCUCUCAUGAAACGAGGCCUUUUGCGGAAGAAGCAGGCGUGCAGAAAGUGCGACAAAGUGAUGCACUUGAGAAGACGAAAGAACGCCUACGAGGUACGCUCCAGAGCAUCAGAAGCUCACACCCUUGACCCCGUUUUCAGUGGCGCUGCCGUACCCGUGACAAGAAAAGGGACUGCUCCUCGUGCUCCAUCAAAGCCGGGUCCUGGUUCGAACUGACCAAACAGCCGUUCAAAACAAUGUUCAACUUCCUGACUAUGCACUGCAAAAAGUAACCCGCCCCUCCUAAUUCUAUAACGUCCUUUUUUAGUUGCUCUCCGGGUCAUAUCGCCAGUCAGCUGAAGCUCUCGGUGCACACGGUCAACGAUAUUCGGAAGGUGAUGUUUGAGCUGGCGGAUCGGAUUCAUCAGAGAUAUCCUCCGAUCGGAGGCGAAAACAAGAGAGUCUAUCUGGAAUUGAUGACUGUCGGACCGCAGAAGAACAACGGAUACAGCCCCGAGUUCAAAGUUCUCGCGGGUCAGGAGCUCGAAUCGAGAAAGUGCUUCGUACAACUGCUGCCCGACGACACUCCUGCCACUCUUGAUGGGUACAAGACGGAGUUCGUCGCCAGAAACUCGGCUGUGACGAUGGUCGUGACUGCUCCUCUGCAGAAUCUGAGCUAUGCCAAGUGAGCCCUUUCCCCAGCACUCUCUUCAUCCGAAUUUUUCAGUCAAUCCGCCAAAUACCUGGACGAAACGACUCUCUACCCGCCAAACGCAUUCCAGCCGGACCUCUUCUUCACGAACCUCCGCAAACCGAUUCCAGAGCACUUCUGCCAGAAUUUCCAGUUCCUUCAGUUGUACUUGAACGAUCAGGUUGUGAGAAGAACAGAGGGAAGCAAGUACUUGGAGCGGUGUGUCGAGGAGAUUAUGAGUUUCACAGUUUAA